AUGAAAAAUAUACCAAUACUUUCAUAUGAAGAAGUCCAACAAAAUGUUUUCAUGAACAUGUUUUCCCUGUUGUCACCAAUGGCAAUAGAAGGACAGUGGCCGGUAAGUCUAAACUUGCCAGGACUGUCUUUUAUCGGAAGACCUCCUACUUCGGAGGAUGUUGACCACCACACCAUUGAUUCCUCUUAUAAGCUAGAGGACGAAGGAAAGCGGAAAGCCAAGGAAAUCACAGCUUGUCCGCAUACCGAUCGCAAACAUUAUGCGAAGAAUAUGUGCAACAACUGCUACCACAGACUUGGAAGGGACAAGCAAGCUUGGGCUUGUCCCCAUCAAGACCGUCAACACUAUGCAAAAGGUAAAUGCCAGAUGUGCUACCUACAGCACUAUCAUAAGGCAAGGACUCAUGGGAGGAAGAAAGGCAGAAGAAUGCAUAGAUUUAAUGUCAUUAAGGAGGAAGGAAUUACUAAAAUUUAA